UUUAGAAAAUCAAUUCACUCUCUUUCAUCUCUUUCUCACCCUUGGCUCUUUUCCUCCCUCUCUUGACUCUCAUUUUCCACAAUUUCCCUCUCUUAUCUGAAUUACAGAACAACAACUCAACCGACCCUGCUUCCUCUCUUCUGAAUUUCGAAGCCGAACCCGAAAUCGAAAUCGCCGACCUCAAACCCCAACUUUCCGGUGGAUUCGCUGUCCAAUCAUUGAAGACACAUCAAAAGAAAAGGCCAACCUGCCUCAUGGAUCUUUUUGAUGAUAUUCUACUUGAAGUUCCUCCUGCACCUGCUCGGCCUAGUGCCAAGUUUGCGCCCAAGGUCAAAUCAAAACAGUCCUUACGAAAGGAAAUAUCUGCAUCAGAACAUGCUACCUCGUCUGUAGAUGGGAAGAACAUGCAUGUUGCUUCAACCCCCACGGUCACUAAAUCCAUUCGUGACACCAACCUCGAUAAUGAUGGUGCAGAGAGUGAAUUGAAUAAAGUGCCUUCCCCAUCCACUGCAUUCCUUGACAGCAACAAAAGUUUGCAAGUUAAUAACUCAUUGCAAGACAGCCUAAAUGUUGGCUUCAAAAGUUCUUCAGGCGACAAUAGCACUGCAAUUUCCGAGAACAACAUUCAUUCUAUUUUUACUUCCGGAAAAGUACAAGAGGAUGCUAAUGAGAGGAAACAAUCUCUAAGGAAGCGUAAAAGAUCAUAUGUUGCUGGUGUGGAGGAUGACCGUGAUAAAAGCUCAAGGCAGCUGAGAAAACAAGUAGCUUGUGAACAUGUUAAAAACUCAAACUCAUUGAUUGAGGAUGAUGAUGAACUCGACCCUCCUUAUAUUUGUAACAAUAUAGAUCAAAUUGAAGAAAAUGAUGACGAGGACGAAGUGGAUAAUUCAUCUAAGAAGAAAAGAGCAUUAACAAAUUCAAAAAAGAAAUAUAUGUCUAAAAAUGGAAAAGCUUACAAAAAAAGCAAGAAGGAAAAUGGCGAUUCAGAAAAAACUACUAAAGAACCACCCAAAAAGUUCUCUCGUUCUUCUCGGCGAAGAAAAAGACAAGUGGACCAGGCUCUGCUGGAUGAUUAUGAACUUGGUUCUCGAUCAAUUUCUCUUAGGGAUAUUCUUGCAAUUUCAGAUGAUAAGGAGCGACAGGAGAAAAAGGAGGCAAAAUCUUCCACCAAUCAAAGUGGUGGGGAUUUCUUUCAUGAUGCCGGUGCUAAUAAUGAAGAGGAGACUUUUAGUUCAGAUGAUGAUGGUCUUAGAGACCAAGAGGAUGAUCAAGCUAGUAAAAAGUUUGCGUCAACUGUCCCUUUAUACAAUUCCCAUUCUUUCAGGGACAAGUCACCUAGGGUAAAAUGGUCGAAACAAGAUACCGAAAAGUUUUAUGAGGCUCUGAAGGAGUUUGGCCUAGAUUUUACAAUGAUUCAACAAAUUUUUGCUAGUAAAACAAGACGUCAAAUUAAGCUGAAGUUCAAGAAUGAAGACCAACAUCAUCCUUUACGAAUAACUGAUGCUAUUAACAGUCAUUCAUCAGAUCAUCAUAUUUUUAAGUCGGUGAUUGCGAAACUGCCACAAAUUUCUACCACUAAUGCAAAUCAGGAAGCCACUGAAGACACUACUGAAGACAUGUCACCUGGAAUUAAUGAACAGGUUGCAACAACUGAGCAGGACAGUGCUGAUGUUAAAGAUCAGGAGGAUCCCAUGGCGUAUCAAAGUCCAGAGCAAUUUGAUGAUAGUGAUGAUGACUUAUGGAAAUGGUCUCAGUAUCAAAGUGUUAUUUAGUGAAAAAGAAUGAAUACUUUCUGAUUAAAUUAAAGCUAAUGUGAUAUUAGUUUUUUUUUUAUAGUUGAAAUCAGUAAUACUUUCUGAUUUCGAAGUCCAGGUAUACGAUGUUUCAUAUGUUUUCUUAAAAUUUGAUACAGUCUCCAUUCCAUAUAUUUGUAAUAAACUCGGGCUAUUUGUGUUCUACUGGUUUUGUAGUGAGACUGUUGGACCUCUUAUUCGAUAAGCAAAUUUCUCUGAUAAGAGGUCCAGAUUCUAAAAUAUUAAUUAACAAAUCCAGAUUCUAAGCAAA